AUGGAUAAAUUUAAUAUACCUAAACAUCAUGGUUCAGGUAUAUAUGUAGAUUUAGGUGGAUAUGUAUCUAGUUAUCGUCAAUUAUCUGGUAAAUGUCCAGUAAUAGGAGGAAAUGGUAAUAAUUGGGCAAAUUAUAUACCUAAUGCAAUAACAGGAGGAGGAGUAUGUAUUAUAUUUAAUUAUAUACCUAAUUGUUUUGUUUAUUUAUUAGGGGGUACUGCCUAUACAGCACUAGGGGGUAUACAAGAGGAGACACUUCCUGCUGCUGCUGCUGCACCACCAGACAGCAGCAACAGCAGCAGCAGCAGCAGCGGGGAGGAUAAAGAGGAGGAGGAAGUAGUACCACCACCACCAACACCAGGAGGGGGAGGAGGAGAGGAGACAGGAGGGGGGGGAGGAGGAGGAGGAGAGGAGACAGGGGGAGGAGGAAAAGAAGAAGAAAAAGGAGAGACAGGGGAGACAGAUAAGGGAGACAAUAAGGAAGAAGAGGAGACACCAAGCAAACCUCCUAUUAAGGAAGAAGAAGAAGGAGGAGGAGGAGGAACAAAUCAAGGAGACAAUACUAAUAAAGGAGAAGAAGGAGGAACAGGAACAGGAGGAGAAGAAAAAGAAGAAAGAACAGAGAGUGAAGAUGGAGCUAAAUGGGCACUUGCUGGUGGUAUAAUUGGCGGUUUAAUUAUUCUUGCUGCUGCUGCAGCAGGAGGUAUCUAUUAUAACCGGUAA